AUGCAGUGGUUAGGGCUCACCAGGGCAGCUGUGGCCCAGGACGCUGCAGCUGUGGCCCAGGACGCUGCAGCUGUGACCCAGGACCCUGCAGCUGUGGCCCAGGGCGCUGCAGCUGUAAUCGCCAAUGUAUUCAAAAUGUACCUAAAGAGCUCCUCGGAUUACUGCAAAAACCAGAUCUUUGUGGAGUCAGCUCGGGACAAAAGGAUCCCUGCAGUGAGUCACGGAGCCGGGGUCAGUGUCCGCCGUCACCAUGUGUUGUCGUAUCGCUGA